GAAAAUCUGCUUCGGGGUACACUUUUAACGACUUUUUAAUUUCAUCCGUUAUAUUUUCGGAGGCCAAUUUUGCAGGAACUGUGAGAUUACUUGGUGAAGUGAUAAAUGUAGAGGGAAUAGCGAUGGAAAUGGCUGUCAGUGGUGAUGCCGGGACGUUUAUUGUCUUAUAAUGAAAUACCGCCAUUCUUCAAUAUAGAUUUUUCUCUAUAAAAAGAAGUAUUUGGUGUCGUCCUAAAAAAGUGUGUACACAGAGAGAUAUGUGAUUUUUUUUUAAAAAGGUGUGUGGGAAAAACGCGAAGAUCGCUCCUUAUUUUCUAUGUGACUUUGAAGCAGCAAGUCCAAAUUGGGUCGGAAAAAUUCCAAGAGAUUAGCGCACGUAAUGAAUUCUUCGUUUGAGGAUAAAAUUGAAAAUCUUCACUCAAAAAUAAUUCCAGCAAUGUAAAAGCGGGAAAAAAAUAUAAUUUGGCGGACUUCAAAGAGCAAUGAAGUUAAUAUCUGAGUGUCACAAGAAAAUAAUGAAGUGAAAGGGGCAUAGGAGGUGGAUUUAAUGAUUUUUAAACAAGAAGGGCUUUAUCAGAUAAAGCACGGAAGAUGUAACUGAUUGACAGUGUAGUGACUUUAAAGUGGGCUGUCAACUGAGGACUGGGUAGAUUCCUAUUGGUUCAAAUUUGAUAUCUGAUUUAUGUACUUGUGGCUUGUUAAAAGGGAUGUAAUCACUGGUGAGAAGAAAGGAAAAAAAUAGAAGGACUCGGGAUGUACACACCCAUGACCAAUCAGCGAAAUUCGAUUGGAUUAUUACAGACAUUGACAGCAACUUAGGGAUAUUAAUAUAGAUAUAUUGAGCUGCCGCAUCACAGUUUUAUAGAAGAUAAGUGUGGUGCUGUCAUUUUAUAGGAUGUGAAUAAUAUGAAUGAAUUGUAGGAACAAUUUACAACGUACAAAUUCAAACAGAGGAUCGUGAGAAGUUGUACCAAAAAAAAAACUUUUGAAAUAAAACCGUGGAAGGUUUAUAUAUGUUUUUCAAUUGUAAACUGAAUUUGAAUCAUGGUUUUAAACUAACAGCGACAUGUAUUUGAGAGAAAAUCCUGAGAGUUACAUUAGAGCACAUAUAACGGUGGACACAUCCAAACUGUCAUCGGCGUAACAUUAUUUACUCUUUCUCCUCAUUGGACGCGGUACAGGGGGAUAUCGUUAUGCGCUCACAGGCGCUUCUCUCCGCGCUUCAAGCAGCAGUGUUAGCGUUUCUCAUACUGACUGGACCGUCGUUACAGUGCGCGUCACCCCGGGGGUCGGGGCGGAGGCACAGGACCGGCAAUAGGACACCCCUAGUGUACAAACAACACGUGCCGAACGUCUCAGAGAACACCCUGGGAGCCAGCGGCCUAGCGGAGGGGCGAAUCAGUAAGGAGGAUCCCAGGUUCAAAAAACUAGUGACAAACGAUAACCCAGACAUCAUAUUCAGAGAUGAAGAGGGGGAUGGAACGGACAGAAUCAUGACACAGAGAUGCAAGGACAAAUUGAAGAUCCUUGCCAUAUCCGUUAUGAACACGUGGCAGGGGGUGAAGCUGAGAGUGACCGAGGCCUGGGAUGAUGACGGUCACCACGCCAAGGACUCGCUCCACUACGAGGGUCGGGCCGUAGACAUCACCACCAGCGACAAGGACCGCGCCAAAUACGGCAUGCUGGCCAAGCUGGCGGUGGAGGCAGGAUUCGACUGGGUGUACUUUGAGUCCAGGGGGCACAUCCAUUGUUCUGUUAAAUCAGACUCAUCAGCUGCCAUCAAAAUCGGAGGUUGUUUCCCGCCAUUGGCUACAGUGUACGCGGAGAACAAAGGAACGUUAAAUAUGGCGGAUCUUCGAAUUGGAGACAAGGUUCUCAGCUUGAAAGCCGACGGAAAACUUGGUUUUAGCGAGGUAGUCUCCUUCCUCGACAGAAAUGAUAAACGAAGCGGAGUUUACUAUUCCAUUUCAACAAGUGACCUACGAACCAUAACUCUUACUGAUAACCAUCUCAUAUAUACUUCUACUACGAAUUCAUCCUCAAUCGAAUCUUAUGUUGCAAAUUACGCACAAACAGUUCAAGUUGGUCAAUUUGUUUUAGUUAACGACAAUAACAGUGAAAUCAGACCGUCACAAGUGACUCGUGUGACGUCACAAACAGUGACUGGUGUAUAUGCACCGCUGACAAAUGAUGGGACCAUCGUCGUAAAUGGAGUUGUGACUUCAUGUUAUGGCAUCAUUAACAGUGAACGCAUUGCACAUUUAUCCUGUAGCCCGCUCCGAUGGAUGCACACUUUAUCAAAAUACAUUCCUUUCAUAUCACGUGAUACGGAACAAAAUGGCAUCCACUGGUAUGCCGAAUUCCUUUACUCAGUUGGAAGAAUCUUCCUUAGUCCGGAUUUGCUAUACAUUGUUUGACCAGUUUUUGCAAAUGCCAUUUUAGAAUAGUUAUUAUGAAAUGUCGUUAUACACUUUUCAGAAAAAACGUUUGUUGGGUACUUGCGGUUUUGGGAAAAUGAAUGUUUAUUUUUUCUGAAUGAUGCUGUACUAUAUUUGAACUAUCGUUGUGAAAUGUAUCGACUUUUUAAACGUUUGACAAUGAAAGCACAAAUUUACCUAGUAUAUAACUUAUUUAUUUAUUAAUAUUUUAAUAAGCCUCUUUUUGACUGAAUUUUUCCAGUGACGUCAUCACAUCUUGCAGAAUAAGGUUCAACUACCUGAUACCUGUAUGUAUUCCAGUAGAUGUCUAUCUUGUAAACUGGUUACACGGAUUUUAUUUUUUCCGCAGUGUCGUUUUAUGUCACACUGACACCCAAACGUGAUAUGGUUAGAUACGAACAAUUAUGAGUUAUUUAUAUCGUAGAAAUUCACAUAAAUCACAGUUUAAUUAUGGUAUUGAUUGUUAAUUUAUCCUUGCUCUCUGCGAUAGGUGCAAAUAGGUCAUCUUGUUAUGUCUCUCUUCAAUUAUAAGGACGUUCAACUUACUGGUUAUUUUCCUCUAGUGAUAUCUUCAUUUAAAGAUGUUUGUCGUCUUCAUUACAGUACAAGGCUACUGGUACGCAAAGCAAAUUUCUAUGUUCUUUAUGUAUUUGGUACACGCGUGUUCAAUUACUUUGUUGCAUUCCAAUUAAGUAAUGUGUAUAUAUAACUGGAUAGUUUUGUUCGCCCUUUGUAAAAUUAAAUGUUACGAUCUACUGCAAAACUAAGAGACUGGUCCCAGAUUCUUGAUUGAUUCAUGUUUCAGUGAAGGUUAUUUGGGUUAAUUUAUUAUAUUACAUUAAUAUUUCACCUGUGAAAGGGUAAUAUGAUUUUGAUUAUCGGCAUCCCGUUUGUGACAUUGGUCUGUUUUGUAGGGAGACUUAUUUGUUGGUUGAAUGUUACUUAAGUCUUAUUUUUCCCUGUAAAAUUAAGUACGAUUGAAGUUGGUGCUAUUGCUUGUGCUGUUCAAUUGUUCAACUGCA